AUGCCAUUGACAGGAGGCCAGCUGGAAGAGCUGAACUUGUUUCAGCGCAAGGUGUACGAGGAUCAGCCUAAGGAUCUUUUGCAAUUUGCCGCAAACUACUUCAACAAGAGACUGGAACAACAGAGGUUUUUCGCACGGAACCAGGAAUCGCUGGCAUUAUCCAAGGGAAUUGUGCUGUUUCCGUCCGCAACAAGAAACGACUCGGUUGUUGCAUCUGCGUCAGCGGGCGCGGGAGCUGGAGUAGCAGAAUCACACUCCAGUGAUCAGAUCUUUAAAGCAUCAUUUGUGGAAGCAGACCCACACACGACAGCCACGGGAGUACCUAAAGAGAAGACAGAGGACCCUGCACACGCAAGCGGUGGCCCUGGCUUUGGUCACGGCAACAACGAUCAAGACUCAGGUUUUGGGUCGGGUAUCUUCAAGAACGAUUUUCGCGUAAAUCAAAGCUCUGAGAAGCACAUAAAGAAACCGGUAGACCCAAUGGCCCCGGCAGAGCAAUCGUCGGGAUCUUCGCCGCAGCCCACGAAAAUUCCCAGAAAGUCUGUGGUAGUACCACGGCCGUUGCCCAUGAACUUCAACGCUCAGAGACGCACGUCUGUCAGUGGAGAAACAAUGCAACCAGACAAUCUAGACGACUGGACGCCCGAAAACUACUCUGAGAAAACGGGGUUGCAGCUGGAACGUCUGGAGAAGGCCAUUGGCCGUAACUUCCUUUUCAACAAGCUCGACACGGAGUCUAAGAGAUUGGUGAUCAACUCUUUGGAAGAAAAGAACGCCAAAGAGGGUGACGAGAUCAUCAAACAAGGCGAUGAGGGUGACUACUUCUACAUUGUGGAAAAGGGCAACGUGGAUUUUUUCGUCGGAUCGCAAAAAGUCAACACUUCGGGGCCCGGGUCCAGUUUCGGUGAACUGGCUCUCAUGUACAACAGUCCCAGAGCUGCGACAGUGGUGGCUACUACAGACUGUGUGCUGUGGGCUCUUGAUAGAUUGACCUUUAGAAGAAUCCUACUGGGCAGUUCUUUCAAAAAGAGAAUACUAUAUGACGAAUUCCUAAAAUCCAUGCCCGUGCUGCAAUUUUUGACCACGUAUGACCGAGCCAAGCUGGCAGACGCCCUGGAUACAGAAAUAUACCAACCGGGACAGAUUAUGAUCCGCGAAGGCGACAGCGGUGACAACUUCUAUUUCAUCGAGUUUGGCGAGGCUGAAGUUUCCAAAGAGGGUCAAGGUAUUAUUGCACAUCUGAAGCAAGGGGACUAUUUCGGAGAAGUAGCGUUGCUGAAUGAUCUUCCCCGUCAAGCCACGGUGAAAGCGAUCAAGAAGACUAAAGUGGCCACGCUGGGAAAGAGCGGAUUCCAAAGGCUUCUGGGACCUGCGGUCGAAGUUCUGAAACUGAACGAUCCGACUCGAGUCGACCAUUGA